GUAGAAAGGCCAGCAAUGACUGCCACGGUGGUUCAGCAGGAAUUGCCAUAAGUAGAAUGUCUCGCACUCUUUUUCCCCACAAGCGCGAGCAGCUGAGAGAUAGGACGGGCCGGAAGCGGUCUAUUGCUUCGGCACCUUGGCGGAGAAGGGAGGAGAGAGAGCGCGCCUACACCCUUGGCGGAGAAGGGAGGAGAGAGAGCACGUCUACACUUGCACGCCAUCCCGCAGCGAAGGCAGCGCAGGAGCGAUCACUUGAUGUGGAGGAAGUUGUAGAAGCGGCUGUUGAACUUCGUCUGCCUCGGAGGAGUGCUCGAGGGAGGGCACGUCGGUUGAAAGAGGUAAGGGUGGGAAAGGCGGUACAGGCGGGGGAGGGAGACACUGUUGGCUUUUGUUCCCGACCACCUUGCUCUUUACGUAGUGAAGGCACUGUUGGGAGGACGUGGACGCUGAUCCGGAUGGCGGGAAGAGUGUCCCGAUCCGUCUCGUCCAUGGCGGCUAUGGCGGCACUGCUGCUACUUGCCUUAAUGCAGUCCGCCAUCCACGGACAUGCUGCGUCCCCGGAUCCUGGUACGGUCAAGAUCGACAGUUUCAGUUACGCCGGCGAUGGCUGCCCACCUGGUUCCACCGAGGGCGCAGUGUCCGAUGACGGGCAAGCGCUCACCGUCAUGUUCAGCCAGUAUACUGCCUCGACAGACGCUGGCAAUUCCGGUCUGAGGAAGGCGUGCACUGUGACGGCCGUGCUGAGUUAUCCGCUCGGUUUCCGCUUCCACCUGGUGGACGUCACCAUGCGCGGGUACGCCAAGCUGGACGCUGGCGUGACCGGCACCAUUCAGACCAGUUACCAUAUCUCCGGAAUAAGCGGGACGACACGAGCUAAGCGCGUCAUCACCGGCGCGUUCGAUGACAACUUUGAGUUCACGGACAGUUUCGCUGCAGCCGUCUACAGCGAGUGCAACACCGUCAGGAACCUCAACCUCGUCUCCGAAGUGCGAGUGAAUCCUGGGAACGCACCGGCAAGCGGCCUCCUGACCAUGGACUCUCAGGAUCUCCGGCUCACGCAAGUCUUCGCCCUCGCCUGGGAGUCCUGCUAAACCCCAGGCCACUGCCACCUUGUCGGCUCAGCACGUAGCAAGGGAUGGAACUAGGCUACAUGCUCACGGAGCACUUUCGUAGCGAAAUCUUCCUGUGCAUGUCCUGGGCUGCGACUGUCGGUGUAGAUUCUCUAUCUCUGCAAAACGCUCGACGUGUACUCAUCACUUUGUAUAGGUCGGUUACUACUAGUAGUAGGCGUAGCUGGUGGAGGCAGUCGAGUACUCGAAUUUCUGCUGAUUUGAAGGAAUUUCCAUCGCUGAUGCGGGAGUAACUAGAUCCCAGACGGAC